AUGCCAACUUAAUAUGAUGUAUUUUAGGAAUAACAAGAGAAAUAGAAUAGUCUUGUAUCAAAGAAUGCAGAGCUAAGAACACUUUACAAGAAUGAAACACAAAGAGAAUUCAAGAUGCACAGUACUAAGUCAUAUUUACCAAAAAUUUUCUUGGACAAGCAUGAGACUGAAGAAAAAGUAAACACGAUGAGGGAAAGAAUGAGACACUCCAUAAACGCGGGAGAUGUCAAUAAACUAAAGGCAUACGUGGCAGAAGUUGAGGGUGAUGAAGCAUUGAAGGAGCUAAUGAAGCAAGAAUUGAAUUUCUGCAAUCAAAGAAUCGAGAUUAUCACACUAUAGGAUCAGCAAGCUUAGUGA